UUUUGAAAAAUAUACGCACCGGAAAAGAUUCCUCAUAGGUGCGGGAGCAAAGAUGGCGGAAGAGGAGAGCCAGUUUGAAGAAUUUGAGCAAAUAGACUUUUUAAGAGACCGACAUGUACGGUUCUUCCAGAGAACACUUCAGGUGUUACCCGAGAGAUACGCCUCGCUUGAAACAACCAGAUUGACGAUCAUAUUCUUUGCCCUGUCUGGUCUGGACGUGCUGGACGCUUUGGAUGUGAUUGAUAAUAGUUUAAUGAUUGAGUGGAUCUACUCUCUACAGGUUCUGCCCACAGAAGAUCAGGUUAACCUAAGUCGCUGUGGGUUUCGAGGAUCAUCGCACAUUGGAAUUCCUUACAGCACCAAGGGUCCAGGUGUGGCCCAUCCUUACGACAGUGGCCAUGUUGCCAUGACCUACACUGGACUGUGCUCCCUGCUCAUACUGGGAGACGACCUGAGCAGGGUUAACAAACAGGCCUGUUUGGCUGGUCUAAGAGCACUGCAGCUGGAGGAUGGCAGUUUCUACGCAGUGCCAGAGGGAAGUGAAAAUGACAUACGGUUUAUCUACUGUGCAGCCAGUAUCUGUUACAUGCUGGAUGACUGGUCAGGCAUGGACAUCCAGAAGGCCAUAGAGUACAUCAGAGGAAGUUUGUCUUACGACAGUGGGUUUGGCCAGGGGGCUGGGCGAGAGUCACAUGGUGGCUGGACGUACUGCGCGAUAGCCUCCCUGUGUCUGAUGGGCCGCCUGGAGGAGGCACUGAGUCAGCGGGAGCUGGACAGGAUCCGGCGCUGGUGCAUCAUGAGGCAGCAGACUGGCUUCCAUGGCCGCCCCAACAAACCUGUAGAUACAUGCUACUCCUUUUGGGUUGGAGCUACACUGGAGCUGUUAGAUGUGUUCCAGUAUACAAACUUUGACAAGAACAGGAGCUUCAUCCUCUCCACACAGGAUCGGUUGGUGGGGGGAUUCGCCAAGUGGCCAGACAGUCAUCCAGACCCCCUUCAUGCCUACUUAGGACUGUGCGGCCUGUCUCUGAUCGGAGAGCCCAACCUAAGGAAGGUCCACCCUGCUCUUAACAUCACCCAGAGAGCCUUUCAACACCUCCAGCAGCUGCAGCAGACAUGGAAGGACAGCGCGGGCAGCUGCAGCAGACAGCACUGACAGCAGGAUGUUCCACAGCUUGUCUGUCUCUGGACAGGUUCAGUAAUCAGGCACAUCUAACAGUAGUCUUUGAAAGGCAACUGGACUAAUGCUGUGUGUGCUAGAGACCGUCCAUCAUUCAUCUGAGAAGCCUCCUCAUUUCAGGAAGGAUCAAAGACUCCUGUUGUUUUUUUUACAUAGAGCUGUCCGUGUAAAGCGACUUUUUGUUUAGCAAUAUAAGCCACACUUUUUUGCUGCCUUUUUAUUAGUAGACAGUAGGGAAUUAUGGUGUGCAUCGUGGAUUGUAGGAGUAAAAAUAUGUGCCAGAAAGCCAAAUUUGAGUCGCUGGAGACUUGAGGGAAAUAAUCCUGAUGCCUCAAUUUUGUGAAGUUUUCUAGAUAAUGAAGUUUUAAAGCGUUAUGCUCCUUAGCCUCAUCUUCAUAGUAGAUAACACAGUCUUCUGUAAAACUAUCAUAGGAUGAUUAAUAAGCAACGCCAGAAGUAACAUCUCAAAGUAUACACUUACUGUAUAACAGAAUUUGAGGGGCCACUAGCUGCAGGCUUGCAGUCUAAAUUGUAUCCUUGUUUAUCAGGAAAUUUUUUGGCAAAAACACAUUUUUCAUUUUUCAUAAAUAUCCUUUAAUCUGCAGAAAGCAACCACACUGAGGCAUCUUCCUCCCCAUACAGAAUUUCUCCUCCUUGCACCCCCAUCCUUAUGUUUCUCUCUGAAACCUCUUCAAAGCCCGAGCUCUCCUGUCCCAAAGGUGAUAUCGAGCUGGCAGGUAAACUCCUGACUUUAGCUCCCUGCUGUUUCACCACUGCAGGCUUUGUUCACCCAUCAGAAGAGAUUUAAAUGAUAAUGCAACCACCGGGGUGAAAUUAAUGGAAAAGGCAGCAGAAAAACCACCUUAACGGCCAAGGCGGUGUUUUAGAAAAUAGAAUAAAAAUCAUACUUGAAAGAAGAUUAGACGAUGAGUUUAGUUAAAGGCCUUAUCGUUUCAGAUCCAAGAUAAAAGUAUUUUACUCUUCACAGUCGUCCUGAGGCCAAAAGAAUAGGAAUAGAUUAGGCCUCUUGAGGGACGGAGGGGAAAAUCCCUUCUUUACUGCAAGGUUUUACACAUCAGUUUCAGCCACAGAUCCACUCCUGACAUCCCCUGACUCCUGAACCCUGGACCCUGAGCUGCUUUCCUCCACCAGCUUCCAUCCUCCCUUUAAGGCAUCAUCCAGCCUGAAAUCAAUAAAAAAAAAAAAAAGAUGAAACAGUUGCAUUGUAACUUGAGGAUAUGUAUUCUUUUGAGCAGCUCUGAGAACUGACUUGUUAUUUUCAGAACACAAAGGAUGCAGGUCAAAAACAAAGAACAAUACACAUGAGCAAACUUUGCCACUGAAACAAUCCAACGUGCUUGUCACUUCCUUUUGAGUCCCAAAUGCUGACUUCCACCUAGAUAGGAGUUUGUACACCUGGACACCCUGGAGCAAUACUUAUUGUCUGUGCAGAUGUCCAUACAGUGACCCUACGCCUUCUUUUCCUGAAGCUGUGCUGAAAACAAUAAAUUCAAAUCUAAUACUGUCAUAACAUGAGGACAAAAGUAAUUCUAUAAACGUCAGCCUGCUCCACUUGCCAUAAGUGCUCCAAGCAAGCAACAUUUCCAGCUUCACAGGUUCCUGCAGCCCUUUGCUAAAGCCACACCCUUUCAUUAUUAGGCUGCGUUCACGGAACACACCUGCUCCCUGCGAUGGCAAGUGAAGAGGAGAUAAUAUCAUAGCAGGUUAGAAAUGCUGUGGCCUGUCUGCAACAUGUUAUCUGCGUGAGUCCACCGUGUGACUGGGUAUAAAAAUAGUAACCACCUCCUGUGUUUUUCUCCCUCCAAUGUCUGAAAUGAAGCUGGCCUCGUCUCCCUUCCCGCCAAGUUGGCCUCAUUUUUCAGGCGUAAAAAGCAGAGCGGGGAGACAGAGGAAAGGAGAGAAGAGGGGAGGAGAGGUGAAUAAAUAAAUAAUUUGACCCAUCUAUUAUUGAAGUAAACUGUCAGAGGCUAAAAUCUCCUCUCUGAAGCCUGACCAAACAUCCAGUGUUGUUUAGCUUUGUUUUGGUGCAAACACAUAAGCUGUUCAUCCACUUAUUUAUUCGUCAGUAGUGCAUUUUUUGUCAUUGUUAUUUUACCUGAAACAAAAUUACUCUUGCGGACAACUUCCCAUCAAUUUCUUCCAAAACAGAUUUUGUUAGUUGCAGUAAAAGAUGUAGUAUUCUCCCCUUUUGGAAAUGUCUGUCUUCUUUGGCGUGGUCACAUUCAGCCAUUUCAAACAGCAAUUAUUUUAGAAAUAUUAAAUCAAUUUAUAUUCAGGUGUCUGAUGUUUCUGUUACAUAGCUAUAAAAUAACCUAAAUCUGAGGGAUCCUGGGUAAAAAAAAAAAAUGCACUGAAAGAAAUCGACCAUGUCUCCAGUUAAUCUCCUGAAGUGACUACUCAUACUGCUGCCUUCUGCUGGGAUCUGUUGUGUACAUAAUGAAAGAAGAUUUUUCCAAAAAACUUGACUCUGAAACUCUGAAAUGUGCCUCAUGUAACAUUGUCCUGUGUCGCCGCUCUCUGCGUGAACAGCGUGCCUAAAUUAGGCAUAGCUUUGCUGUAAAGAAAGGCACUGAAAAUAACCUUUAUAAUCAUCCAGGAAGUGAAACACCUACUCGGCAACAAUUUUUCCUCCCUCUGUCUUGUAGAGUUCACUUAACCAAUCAGACGAAGGCUUACUGGUAAAGGUCAUUCUACUGGAUGUCUGAUGUUUUUUCUAAAAGGAGGGAUGAAUUAAUUCAUACUGAGCAGAAGCCAUGAAUGCUUACUCCACUUAAAACAGGAUGACAGAUUGGAUGGAUGGAUGUGCCUCUCUGCAGGAGGAGGCUGCAUUAAGCCGUUGUUAUAUUGCAGCUCAUUUUUGCUUCAUCACGCUGUGGUCAUUACCCACAGUCCCACAGCAUGAAGAGAGGGGACAAGGCUUUGCGCUUUUUAAGCCAACUGCAGUGAAAGCUGCCCGGACGCUCAAGAGAAUUACAAUUUCCAAAAUGCCACAAAUGGACGACUUGAACACUUGCUUUGUCAUCAACUAAUAUACAUACUGUUAUAAAUAAUGUAACAAUAAAUGCAAUUGAAUUUAUUUUUUCUAUGCUUUGUAGAGCUAUUGAGUGUAGAUAAAUAUGUAAAUGUCUAUAAAUAUGUGACUUCUAUUGUGCAAGUGCUCAAGAUGAAAAUCAUGUUUACAGCUACAGCUAUGAUCCUUGAGAUUGUUAGUGGAAUUGGAAAUGCAAAAGUUGAUACUGGAUGUAUCAUGGCACUUCAGCUUUGAAUUUGAGGACAGAACCGUUGAUUUUAGCUUGGCAGUGCACACUGUAUUUAUGGUGAAUAAAAAGGCAUACUAACUUUUUCAA